AUGGAAGAGGAUGACACGGGUGGUACGGAGCGGCAACUCAUCGAGGAUGAGCUCGCCAGAAAGCAAGCUGAGCUGGAAGAACUGGAGCAGAUGCGACGAGAGGCUGACCCCGCCGCAACUUCAGGUAAUGCUUCGCGGUUCAGCUAUCCUGAUGGCUCCAGUGGCAUCUCAGUGCUGGACAAGGUUGCGCUUCUGGAGAAGGUACACGCGGCUCUCAAAGGAAUCGUAACCGUCGCCAAUGCGAGCAAAAAGCUCAACUUGGCUGAUAAGACCAGCAUUGCCAGCCUCAGCCAAGACAUCCUAGCGUACGUGGCAACGCUAGAGAUUAGGUACGGCGAAAAGGAACAGGAGGUAACGGCCUUGAAGCUUAAGUGUGCGCAGCUGGAGCUUUCGGUUGCUCAAGCCCAGACCCUUCCUGCCCUUCCUAUCCCCUGUGUGGCCUCUUCAACUUCUUCUGCUGACAGCUAUGCCUCCAGAUUGAAGCUGCCUAAGGAGUUUUCAGAUAACGGCUGUUACUUUCGUGAACGUGGUGUGAACUGGGGAGGUUUCUGUUCGACUCUGCACGCCCGCAUGUCCCAGCUGAGGCUAACACGCCCAGCUAAUGAAAUCUGUGAGCAGUACUCUGCAAUACUCCUUCGUACUGCGAGGGAGCGACUAGGCACACGUGUUAAAAAGGAAAAAGAAGGGUACGAAUGGUGGUCUACGGCUCUUGACCGUAUGCGAAAUGAGGUCUACUGUACACGUCGCAAGUGGCAGGCUUCACGUCGCGCAGGAGGCGACAGGGAGAAGGCACUACAUGAUCAACUGCGUGCAGUUAGAAUACGCUACAAGUUAGCCAUGAAAGAUGCUGAACUUGCCUUCUUCCGCUCCGUUGCGGAGUCAGAGGAAUUAUUUUUUGGGCACAACACGACGUGUCUUCUUGAUUUCCACACUUUGAACCGCUGGGGUGACUUGUCUACGCCUGGCCCCACCUUGCUGAGAACUGGUUUCUAA